AUAGACAACAUUAACAUUUUCAAAAAGCAAGCUUUUAUACUAUAAUUUCUUGGAAAAGUCCACCAAGAAAACAAAAAAAAGUCACCCUUUUCCAUUCCAUUGAUUAAUAAUAGUAUCUUUGAAUAUUGAUACCCUUUAAAUUCUCCUUUUUCCCUUUUUUCUUGCUCUUUAUUUCCACCUCUUUUCUUGUUUCUUUCGACUUUUUAUCCUCACUUUUCACAAUUGAAUUAUGCUAUUAAUAAUAUUGAAGUGAAAGGAAAAAUAUUAGUACAAGUUUUGGAAUCUUGAUGGGGAAUUGUUUUGGAGCUAAGCUUUCUAAUUCUAAAUCUAGUAGUACUUAUCCUAGUUUCUCAACCAGAGCAUCUACUAUAGACACAUCAAAGAACUACAGCAAUGGCCUUGGCUAUUCGGCUACGAGUGGCAGUAUUGGACAUAGUCAGUUCUCAGCAGCUGCAAGUGACGAUACAUGUUUGAACGGAGAGAUAUUGCCGAUUGCAAAUUUGAAGAUUUAUAGUUUUUCUGAUAUGAAGUUUUCCACAAAAAAUUUCAAGUCUGACUCAGUUUUGGGGAUCGGCGGUUUUGGUACUGUGUAUAAAGGAUGGGUUGAUGAGAAGACACUUGCUCCGACUAAAGCUGGCACUGGAAUGAUUGUUGCCAUCAAGAAGUUGAAUGCCGAGAGUACUCAAGGAUUUGAAGAGUGGCAGUCGGAAGUGAGCUUUUUAGGAAGGCUUUCACAUCCGAACCUUGUUAAACUGCUGGGAUAUUGUUCGGAGGAAAAGGAACUGUUACUUGUGUACGAAUUUAUGCCAAAGGGGAGCUUGGAAAACCAUCUUUUCAGAAGGAGUGCCGCUAUUGAACCACUUUCUUGGGACUUGCGGCUCAAAAUUGCCAUAGGAGCAGCACGGGGCUUAGCUUUUUUACAUACUUCAGAAAAGAAAGUUAUUUACCGGGACUUCAAAGCAUCAAACAUUCUGCUUGAUGGGAACUACAAUGCAAAAAUAUCAGACUUCGGAUUAGCUAAACUGGGGCCUUCUGGUAGUAACUCACACGUAACUACUCGUGUUAUGGGCACAUAUGGUUAUGCUGCUCCAGAAUAUGUUGAAACCGGUCAUCUAUAUGUAAAAAGCGACGUGUAUGGAUUUGGAGUCGUCUUGCUUGAGAUGUUGACUGGUUUACGAGCACUUGACACCAAACGCCCAAACGGACGGGAGAAAUUGGUGGAGUGGGUGAAACCAAUGUUAUCUAACAAAAGGAAGUUGAAGUCGAUUAUGGAUGCCCGGAUGGAAGGCCAGUAUUCUUCGAAAGCAGCAACGCUCGCUGCACAGAUUACUCUAAAAUGCUUAGAGGGAGACCCAAAGAAUCGACCUUCAAUGAAAGAAGUAACAAACGUGUUGGAACAGAUCGAAGCGAUCAAGGAGAAACCAAAAGAAUCCAUAAGAAAAUCCGAGCAUUCUUCAUCUCAUCAAAACAGACAGUCUCCACGAAGUCGUCAAUCACCACGUCAGACAAACGACAGAGAGUCUCCAAGAAGUCGCCAAUCACCACGUAAGCCAAACGAUCAUGGAUUCAGCGCGGGGUCAGGAAAUAUUAUGAGGUGAAGAAAUUGGCCUGCCUUAGCUAUAUGUAUGUCUCUAUAAAUUUCAAUCUUUUAACUCAUUUAGUACAAGAUCAAGUUUAUAUUGUUCACCAUUUUAUGUCAUUUCAUUUUUUUUUUCCACUAAAAUUUUGUAUUGUAUGUUACCUCUGUGUUUGCAUGACUUGACUGUUGUAAUUUGUUAAAAGAAUUCAUAGAAAACUUUGACACUGAUUUGGCUUCUGUAUUGAGGAAGGUUUCAGCAGAGUUAUUGGAGCUAACUUUCCUUUUA